UAUAUCACAAGCAAGUUCCACUACAUUAGCGAAAAGUUCAAUUUACCAGUUUUAAUUUUCUCAAAAACUUCUGGCAUCUCUGACCGGACCGAACCGUCAAAUUAGAACAGUAAACAAAAUAACAUCACCGAGCUUCUAAAAUAAAUUACUGCAAUUAUUAAGUAACUCAACUUGGAACACAGGAUUUUAUAACAUAAGAUUAAGAUGGUUCGACCGAGUCGAUUGCCAUUUUUCUUAACUGAGACUGGUCGCCGAUUAGUUUUCUACGGUUCUACCACCGCAGUGAUAGGCCUUUUCGCCGGUCACUAUCUGCCACACACUGUUGGAGUUGGUUAUCUUAAGGACUUUGCACAAGCAUAUAAAAAUGGAGAAAAACAACUACCUUCUGAUAAAAUUCAGAAGCAUUUCGAUAAGGCUGUCACACUUUUAAAUUUAUCAGAAUUCGAGAAAAAAUUCAUUAGUCCAUUCAUUGUUUAUGGCUUCGAUGUGUACAAUGCUGGAUCUAUGAAAUCACGAUUUGGUGGUAUUGUGGGUAUACCGGCAAACUUUGAAUACAACAGUGCAGCUGAUAUAGAAAAACAGGAUGUGAUCUUGCAAGGUCGUAAAAUCAACUGGUCAUCCGAAGGAGGAAAACUGCUGGAAGAAUGUUUGAUUCUAAACGAAGACGAGCAGGUGUUUGCCAUUUGUCGUGAAAUAUUGACGCUAAACACUCACAAGAGAUUCAUACAGUCGGUCAUUCCAUCAGCUGUGUGGUUUUUCACGUACAACUUGGCGUCACUAGUUAAUAGGAGGAACAAUCUGUACAUCCGGCCCUUUUCGUUGAGGUGCAUGCUCUAUGUCAUCUGCGGCAUUUUCGGCUUUGGUGUAUAUUCAUUUGCAACGGACAUUACCGAAGUGCAGUUCGACACAAGUGUUGACAAAAAACUAGCCGCAUUAGGACCAGAAAUGGCGAAUGCUGGUGCACGAUUUUACGAUAAAAUACUUAAGAAAAAUAUUGCUAUGCGAAAGCUGACGGGAGAUGAUUAUUACACUGCAGGCGGUAACAUAAAUUAUAUGCUUCGACAGAAAACAGUGCCAUUAACUAGUCGGAAAGAUUUCUUCGUAUCUGGUUACAAAAAGUUUAUCAAUAAGGAAGAAACCAGUUGAAGUACUCUUUCUAUAUUAUAGCGGAAAUAAUUUUGUUUAAUACACACAAUAAGUUAUGAA